AUGUAUAACAAUAACAACAACAGUGGAUAUGGUGGCGGUGGUGGAUAUGGACAACAACAAGGUGGAUAUGGUCGUUCAAACAAUAGUGGAUAUGGUCAACCAGGUGGAUAUAAUAAUAACAAUAGUGGAUUUGGUGGUCAACAAGGUGGCGGUGGAUAUGGACAACAACAACAAGGUGGCGGAGGAGGAUAUAACAAUAAUAAUAAUCCAUUUGGACAAUCAACACAACCUAUUCCACAACAACAAAACUAUGCUAUUGAUAUGGCCGAUGAGGACGUCACCAGCAACCCAGAGUACCAAGCCACCACCAAGAACAUCCAACAGAUCACCGUCGCCUACACCACCCUCACCAAGCUUGUCCAACAACUGGGUACACCCAAGGACAGCAUGGAUAUUAGAGAGAAGAUUCGCUCAUGUGUAGAGACAACAACUCAAUUGAUUUCAGCAGAGUCGUCAAAGGUUAGAACAUUGACAACAUUGGCUAAUAAGGCUCGUGAUUCAAAGACCAAGCUUCUGUACCAAAAAUUGGUAAAGGAGUACAAUGGAUCGCUGCAACAGUUUAAGGAGAUUGCUCAGGUGGCCACAAAGAAGGAGAGAUCCACACCUCUGCCUCAGGCACCGAGCCAGCAGCAGCAACAGCAGCCACAGCAGUCGGGCCGUGGCGGCGGCAACCAGUACGGUGGCAACCAGUACGGCAACCAACCAAUGCCAUACUACGACGACGAGAAGGAGGACGAGACACAGAGCUUGAUGGAGGCGUCGCGAAGACAGCAGCUGGCGCAGAUCGAGUCGCAGCGCGAGUACCAAAACUCCAUCAUUCAGGAGCGUGACGAGGGCAUCCGCCAGAUCGAGCAGUCCAUCUCGGAGAUCAAUGAGAUCUUUGUCGACCUGUCCAACAUGGUGGCCGAGCAGGGUGUCAUGCUGAACACCAUCGAGUACAGUCUCGAGUCUACAGUCAACAACACGGCCGAGGGUGUCACACAGAUCAAGAAGGCAUCCGAGCAUCAGAGAUCCGCUCGUACCAAGAUGUGUUGGCUGGCACUCAUCCUCUUCAUUGUUGCCGGUGUACUUGGUGUCAUUCUAUUCUUCUCGUUAAGAAAAUAA